UUAUGUACUCGUGAUCGUAAGAGGUGUGACACUGUACUGUAAAUCGUUGUUGACAUUCGCUGUCUAGCUAACAUCAGUGAGCUUGUUCUCCUCCAUCGUUCUCUGGAAUGAUCUUAACGGAUUCCUCUCGUUAUGUUUAACCAGCUUUCUUGCGAUGGAGUUAUUGACAUUUAUUGUCUGAGAAGAUUUCAUAUAAAUAGUUUCGCGUAACGUGGCAUUCAAUUUGAGCAUUAACGUAUGACGUUUGCUCCUCAAACGCCGUAACAAGACACAUUGAGAUUAUUUUCUAGAGAUGGCUUAUUUUCUUUCGUUCAAAUUCAGCGGAAGAAUAUCUUUUUUAACGCUGUCAAUGUCGUGCUGCGGUCCGUUUACUCGUGGCAGCCAGUGAUGACGACUACAUCAAGUGUUAUGACUUCAGCAGCUCGGUGGGUUGGAGCACCACCUGCUGUUCGUGCUGUGCAAGAAACUCUAGAUCACUGUUGAUUUAGUUUAUUUGUCUUCCCUAAGUGAAAUAUAGUUAUACUUUAGGGCAUUUUUCCAAUUCAUUCUGAUCAAUGAAGAUCAGAAAUAAUAUUAUGUAUCAAUUUUUUCAAGCCUCAAGAUUUCCUUUGAAUGGUUCACAGCAGCACUGUUGUCAAUGCACCUGUAGACGUAAGGGUGUCUGAAUCACCUUUAUGCUAUGGUUGGUAAGUGCACACACAUUGAGUCACUUUGUCUUAUUCUGUCUUAUCUGGGUGAACAACAAACCCUUUUAUCAUCGUUCCUCUACUCUAUUAUUUUCACUUAGCAGGAAUACAAAGUGGUCUGAUAAAACACAUUUACAAAAAACGUUCUUAAUCAUCCUGAAUGUUGUAUAGCCUGAUGGUUUUAAAUGAAUGUGGCCAGGUUUUUGUUUUCUACCUCUGUCAAAUUUCUUCUCUGUCAAUGUUGGUUGUCCUCUAACUUAUGCUAGAUUUGUGGAACAUAAAUAUCCUCCUCAAGAGACUUAUAAUUCAAUAAUUCCUCUCUCCUUGAAGAAGAUGCAUUGUUUCAUUUUGAAGCUGUGUGAGGACAUUACAGAGGAUAGUAUUUGUUUGUGCAGUUGUCAUGGAAAUAAAGCGGCUGACUUGUAAACUCCUUAGCUGAUGUGGAUUUAGAAUUAACUUUUGACCUUGAAAAUAGUUGUUCCACAAAAGGGGGAACUUCUAGAAAUGCAUUUCACAAAUAGAAUGAUUUUAAUAAUAAUAAUAUAAUUUCAUCUAUUUGAUGGGAAAAUAUACGUUUGUUGUAUAUAGUGCAUACUAUAUUUAAUAUUAUAAUUAUAUAUUAUCUUAACAUCAUUAAUAUGAAUAUCUUAUUAUUCCUUUCACAAAUCUAAGCUUUUUUAUGAAGGAAGAUAAAAGAUGAUUUAUGAUUUUGAAUUCAUAUUUCCAACACUUUCAUACUCGUCUUAUCUGUUAAGUUAUUGAGGCGCCACACUAUGUGGAACUACUGUGAGGUUUAUCAACAGCGUCGUUUCUUUCUCCCACAUGACGUGAACGCACCGUGGUAUCUUGCUUGUGAUGAACUCGUCGUCCCCGCAUAUCCCACAAUGCAGUUCGGGGUAGCUUCGCCGCGUUUGCGUUAGAGAUCAGCUGAGCUCGCGCGUCGCCGCAGUGGGUGAACGGCUGCCAGCGGCCGGAGAUCGGAGCAGCUCGGGGCCGCUCGGCGUCUCUCUGGUCCGGCUUGGACAUCGUUUUAAACCCGCCGAUCUUUUGGAGACUGGGUGUUUCUUUUUUUUUUUUUUUUAACUGCAGCAAGAAUGUGACUCUUAUGUGUCGAUUUUUUAUACCCCCGUAUAUUGUGGCGACGCUGCUGAUAGAAGAUUUGAUCCGUUUUAAAAGAAAACAUUUAUUGAUGUUAUUUCGUUCAUCGUCUGUCCCCUGAGUGCGGAAAACACCUGGACUGGUCCCAUGGCAACCGCGCGGGUUUAGGAGGAGAUUCCAGGUUUCUACCCGGGAGUGGGCAAUAAUAUGUCCAGGCGAAAACAGACCAACCCCUUCAAAGUUGACUGUAGGUAUUUCAGGGCCAUUCCACACUUCAGGCAUCACAGGACUUCAGCACACUAUUAACAUGGACGGUAGGGACGAAUUCACCGAAGACAAUGAAUGCUGCAGCAACAACUCUCAGGAAGUACAAGAGCAGGACAGCGUCUCAGACGACAGCGAUAGUGACCUCGACAACCACGGCGAAGACUCUUCAUCCAACACCUCUGCCGACGACCACAUGACCACCAAGAGGACGCAGUGCCGCCUGCAAGGAGCGGGGGUCAAAGAGGAGAGCGAGGACGGAGCGGACCACGGCAACAACUUUGUUUGUCCUCUCUGCACGCUGGAUUUCAGCAGCCCUGAGAAGCUCAUCUCCCAUGUCUACCAGCACACGACUAUGAUGAGCAACAGCAAGAGCUACAUGUGCCCGGUGUGUGGGCGAGCCCUCAGUUCGCCCGGUUCCCUCGGCCGGCAUCUUCUCAUCCACUCGGAGGACCGCCUCUCCAACUGUGCCGUCUGCGGCGCACGCUUCACAGACACCAACAACUUCCACAGGGAGAAGCUUAAAGAUGUCCUCGACACAACCAGGAUGGAUGUCUCAGACGGAGGCGACAGCUGUUCCAUGUCCCUCUCCAGCAGCCCCAUGACCAGCCCGGGCCACGCCACCUGUUCCUGCGUCGCACCGGGCCCCAGUCCCGGUCUGUGUCAGGGCCCCCACCAAUGUCAAGCACCUGACCCCAGCGCCAUCCUGUGUCAUGCCCAUCGUACCUGUCAGGGACCAGGCCACAUCCCAAGCCAGUGUCACGACCAGGGGCCCUCCUUUCCCUCGCUGGCAGACAGCCUCCUCUCCGAAGGACCCUCACUGGCGUCCAUACCCGACGCGCUCAACUCCUCUCCCCCGGGCUUCCCCCCCAUCCCCGACAUCCUGAGCCCGAUGCCGGUGUACCCCGCCGGAGUGCUGCUGGUGUGCAACAGCUGCGUGGCCUACCAGCAGUUGGUGGACGCCCAGUCGCCGAUGCGCAAAUGGGCGCUGCGGCGGAAGAACGAGCCCCUGGAGGCCCGCCUGCAGCGCCUGGAGCGCGAGCGCACGGCCAAGAAGAACAAGCGGGCGUGCGAGUCGGAGGACGAGCGGGAGAUGAGGCGGCUGCGGGACCGCGAGGCCAAGCGCAUGCAGAGGAUGCAGGAGUCGGAGGAGCAGCGCGCCCGCAGGCUGCAGAGGGACAGGGAGGCCAUGCGCACCAAGCGGGCCAACGAGACGCCGGAGAAGAGGCAGGCCAGGCUGGUCCGCGAGAGGGAGGCGAAGAGGAUCAAGCGGCGGCUGGAGAAGAUCGACCCCGCCCUGAGGACACAGAUAGAGCACGAUCCGGCCGCCAUGGCGGCCCUCACCGCCGACAUGAGUCUCUUUCAGUUCCCCUGCCCGAUGCCUGUCCCCUCCCUCGAUAACGGUCUGUUCAUGAAGCUGCCCUGAAGGGGGAGGAGCCACCACCAGGCCUCCAGCAUUCACCUCUGCGCUGUGCCGUCAGGCUGCCAUGGUAACAGUGAACCCCUCGUAGGUUUACCUCCAGCUCCUUCUGUGUCGGACAGCCUUACAAAGGGCCUUGUUACACAGACCAAAAACUACUUCAAUUUCUAAUUUAUUACAGUCUUAAAAAACCUUGGGACCAAGGGCAAAGAAUGUUUCAUAUCGUACGGAUGAUGACGACAUAAGCGCAUGUUGUAAAGAGAUUUAUCUGUACGUCCCACAGUUCAUUUCUAGGAGGAGCGGUUUGACUUCCUUUUUGAGGAAAUAUUUUUGCACAUGGACCUUGGGGACUUUGUAGCCUCACGCCCUCUAACCCACCCCCAUCCUUCUGGACGCCCAGUGAUUCGGGUUUACUGGUGGCUACACCUCUCUCUUCAAGCUGCCACCGUGGGAAGUUCAUUUUGUGUCAAACUCUACUACCUCAGCUGUCUCGUGGCUCUCUGCGAUCUCACGGCAGGCCGUCAGAGGGACGCAGGCCGCGUCCCCGCAGUCUGUGUCCACCACUCAGGCACUUUGAUAGGACACAAACAUUCACAGCAGCUACUGAUUUACAAACACACCAGUUCUACUACAUGAAAUUCGCAGGUCUAAAUACGAUGUUUCUUAGUCCUAAACAGAAGAGCUGAAGGAAUGUUUUGUCCUAUUGAACCCGCUCGGUGUGGAGCAACAUUCCCACUCACGACUUGAUACAAUUGCCUCGUUACUUUCUCUUUGCCAACAUUUGAAUCACUUUUCUUUUCCUGCCUUGUUACACUCAAAUAUUUUGCCAAUGUCAUUCCUCUUUUUUUAACCUUUUUAGUUAUAGAGCUUUUCUUUGGCUCAUAAAAAAAAAAGAAGUCGGUCUUUGCUGCUGUUAUCGUACUGUACAAUACAUUAGUUACCUCUCAGAUAUUUUUGACUGAUCACAGUAUUGUGCUAAAAUGUUCCAUGAAACAGUCACAAUGAAAGAUCUUGACAUGAUACUUUACUUGAAAUCUUCCCUCAAAGAUAUUUGUUCUCCUAAUAAUGAGUAAAUUACCACAUAACAAUGUGUUAUUAUCCUUUUGAGGAAGGAACACACAUAAUGUAUGCAGUUUGUGUAGCAUUCACAUGCUUUGUGAAGCUACAGUAUGUUCAAUAUAUGUGACCUGCACCACUUAAGUUGAGGGGAAGUCUGUCUGCAGUAUUGAGGAAAGAUAUUUAUUGAUUCAAAUGACUCUUUUUAAACUGUUUUAUUUGUUAUUCCCUACUUUUCCUGAGCACUGGGGCUGAUCUCAUGACACAUCCAGCCCAUACUGGGAGAGAUUUUAUUCAUAUAUAUAUAUAUUCAUUAACCUCAUUCCAGCACAUUUAUGCAAUAUGAUGUGAAUAUAUUUUUCUUGUAAAAAUCUUUUGGGUUAUUUGUUAUCAACCGUCAGUGGUAUAAAGUUGUUUUAAUGUUUAAAUUCUCUUGUUUAAAGUCCUGCCUGUGAGGCUUCUUUGCAGCUUUUCUUGACUCCAAUGGUCCAGAUACAAACAUUUAGUGUUAACAAGCAGUUUCUCAAAAUAUUCCACGGAUAUCAGAAAGGAGGACGGGUAGUGGUUCUGUUUGAGUCACUCCUCGAGGAGAGUCUGUCUGUCUGUCUGUUAGUUGCAUCAAACGAAGAACUAAAAAGCGAGAGGACUUUUUGUAUACAUCCUCAGAUACUUCUCUAGGAGUGCAUCCAACCUUUAUGCAACACAUGUUAUUUACUCAAAGGGAAAUGAAUUCACUUUUCAUCGAAACUAUGCAGAAUGUGACUUUAAUCUCAAACAGACUUUAAUGGAAAGAGUUUCGCUUCUCAGGCAAUCUAACUCCUCGGUGAGAGGGACAACGCCCUCGUCCAUAAGAAUCAUAUCGGAACCAUGUGACAGCAAAGUUUGGCGCGGUUGGACUUUCCCAGAGACCCUUUGAGGUUUUUUUUGGUGUGUUUCCUCUUCCUGGUUGAGCACACGAAAGCGACGAGGCCUCAGCGCCAAUCCUAUCCGUGACGCUCUCAACAGGAGCCUUCAGGUGUCGUUGGUUUCUCCCUUCUCUCAGAAUAUGAAUACUGGGUAUUCUCACAGGUUGCUCCUUGAAGCUGCUGUGAUCACCUUUGUCCUGCAGCGGGCCAACGGGACGGAGAACUUCCGCCGUACUCUGAACCCUUGAAAGGGACGCGCAGCUCCUUCCGUAGGUGGGCCAGGGGAGCACUGCAUGUCGUGAAACUGCACUUGUACUAGACUGGUUCGAUAUGUUAGUUUAUGCCUGCCUGUUUUUUUUUUUACAGUUUAAUCUAUAGAAAAUGUAAAAAUAAAAAGCCUCGGCCUUUCUAUUUUAAUUCUAUCAGGAUUUUCUCUCAAUGUCCAUGUUUACAAAAAAAAUCUCUGAUCAAGGCCAAAUGAAUGAACUAAACUGCUAAUAAGAACAUUCAUGCUUGCUGCGAUAUCAAUGCAUUCUGAUUGGAUGCCGUGCUGUUACUGGAUUUACAAAUGUACAGACCAUGAUGAAACCUGGUAAAGUGUGCAAAUAAACAUUGACUUUACUGGU